AUGGCCAAGGUGUCCAAUCAUGAUGGGCUAGUGAUAAAGUACCUUGUGUGCGAUGCGCUGAGCAUCCAACCUAGCCUCUUAAGUGACGAUCAUGAACCCCAAAUCUCAUACGAGCCUCAAGAGGGAGUCGAGAGACUUGAGGAAUAUCGACCUGGGGGCUAUCAUCCAAUGCGAAUCGGAGAUGUCCUGAAAUCUCGCUAUAGAGUGGUCCACAAGCUGGGGCAUGGUUCCUAUUCAACAAUCUGGCUAGCUCGUGAUCAACAAGUUGAGAAAUACGUCGCAAUUAAGGUUUCCAGGGCAGAUUCAAAAUCACAAGAAGUGGAUAUCAUAUCCGCUCUCAGCAGAUUACACUAUCCUGCAGUAGACAGUCCAGGCCAGAGAAUGAUCCCUUGGAUUCUCGAUACAUUCGAUCUUGAUGGACCAAAUGGGACUCAUGCUUGCCAUAUCACCACACCAGCAAGAGCUAGUCUUGCUGGUUUGAAAGAUGGUUCGUGGAUCCGUCUAUUCCAGUUAGAUGUAGCUCGUGCAUUGGCUGCCCAGCUCAUCCUUGCUGCGGACUACUUACAUACGCAAGGGAUUGUGCAUGGAGACCUGCAUCUGGGUAACAUCCUCCUCAGACUUACUCCUCACUUUGAUCAGCUCUCACCCGAGCAAUUAUAUGAGGAAUAUGGGGCCCCGGAGCCCGAGCCUGUCAUCCAUUUGGAUGGAAAGCCGCUUCCUCCUGGUGUUCCAUCCCACGGGAUUGUGCCUAUAUGGCUUGGGGCAGCAAGUGAGAAGAUCACACUUCCCGAAGCCAGGAUCCUGCUUACAGACUUCGGGGAAUCCUUCUCAUACUCAGACCCGAAAGAACUCCGGUACGAAUCUCGCACACCGCUUGUCAUUCGUCCCCCGGAGUGUCGAUUUGAACCACAUAGGCCGCUCUCGUAUGCGUCGGACAUCUGGACUCUUGCCUGCACGAUAUGGUCUAUCAUAGCUCAGAGGCCGCUGUUCGAAGGGUUCCUUGCCACGGAGGAUGACAUGACCCGUGAGCACGUCGAUACCCUUGGCAUCUUGCCGCUGGAGUGGUGGAGGAGGUGGGAGACGCGACGGGAAAAGUUCACCGAAGAUGGCAGGCCCAUCAACCGCAAUCCGUUCCGGUCUUGGAGCGAUCGGUUUGAAGACAGCGUGCAGCAGCCCAGACGACAGGAAGGGAUGCCCGUUCUUGGCGACGAUGAACGGGAUGCUAUCUUCGACAUGCUACGGCCGAUGCUCGCAUUCAGGCCUGAGGAACGAUGUACGACUAAGCAGAUCCUCGAGACAGAAUGGAUGGUGAAAUGGGCCUUCCCUGCAUAUGAAAAGAUUCCGAAGAGUGAUCAAUAG